AUGGGGGCGAGGGGAUCGUGGGAGGCAUCUAUUGCUAAGAUGUGGCGCGCUCGCUACUUAGGGCAGCACUGCCGGGACUCGAGCAAACUGCUCAAGCUGCUGAAGUUGCAAGAAGGAGAAUUGCCGCAAGCUUUGAAACGCAGAGCUAGGGCAAAGUCAGAAGCACCACCGAAGCCACCAGCGGACCUGCCGCUGAUGAAGGCUGCUACCGCAACAGCUCCCGAAAUUCUUCACACCCCUUGCUGCGGGGGGCUGGCAAAGUCUGCACUCUCUCACCACCCCGCAUCAGUGGUCCCACCUCGUCAUCUAGUCUCCUCUAGGCAUAUUUUCUCAUCCAGCAAAAGCAGUUUCCUGCGGCCGCACUCCGGCCUGUUCACUAGAAAUGCUUCGCAUCUGGUUCCGUUGCGAAUAGCAGAGAUCGAGAAAAGUGAGCCGGAAGGCAGCCCCCGAGUGGCCUUACAUGGUGUUCGGCGACCCGUCCGGAAGGAGCCGCCGGAUGACACCGCCGCAGAGCAGCAGGUGCGGCACAGGAGCAACCAGGCCGUGCGGCGUCAAGUAACUGUCCCAGUUUACCACGACUAUGCACGCCUGUGGCGGCAGGGGUCGAGUGCUGAGAGAGAUUGGCGGGAGGUGUUGCAGGGGGGAAAUGCUGUUUGGACGCAGUAUUGGCAGAAAAAGGAGGGGGACUGGGGCCGGUUCGAGGCCAAGUGGGGGAGCGCGAGGGAGGGGGUCAGAGGGGCUCUCGGGAAGGUGUUUGAUGAGCGGGGCCUGGAUGCGGAGCAGUUGGCUGAAGAAGAGGGGACGGCGGAACCUCUCAGUACAACCAACUGGCAAACGGAGGACCUCGAACGGGAGUCUGCUGCAUCAGCAGACAUGAGUGGGAACCGGUUACUCGUCGAAGAAUUAGACUUGGAGCGGGCGGCAUCGCUUUCGGAUCUAGGCCAGGAAGGGGCACCGGAGACUGCUCCAGUCGACUUGGGGCGAGACUUCUCGGAAGAUGGAGGGGUGGAAGUGAGUGUCGCAGAGGCCCCCCAGGAGCGAUUGCGAGAGGGGCAAGAGUUGCGGGGGGAUGGGGGGUUGGAAUUGAGAGCCACAGAGCCCCUCGUGGAACGGCGAAGGGGACCGAAACCCAAGGCGACGGAAGAGAGGCAGCGCUACCGGAUGCUGCGGCAGCGGCAGCACAAGAUGGAGGCGAAAUCUCUGGACACGGCAGUGAAGAAGUUCCAAGAAGAGUUGAACGAGCGGCGAAAGCGCGGGGUAACGCUGGGCUCCGAAACCUCGCUCAUGACCGAGCUUUUCGAUCCGCUGGAGCGCGCGAUAGACCGGGAGCGGAAUGCGAUCCUGAACGGGGAGCGUGGCAUGGACCGCAAGAACUACGGGCCGUACCUUUUGCUCUUAGAGUCGGACAAGCUGGCGGCGCUCACACUCCAGUGCGUGCUGAACGCGUUUCUGAUGCCGGACGGCAGAGGGGGCAGCAGCCACGACGGGCACUCAGCCAGGGACCAGAGGCACCGUCUUGCGGAGAAGGGCUGGGUUAAGGUGGUGACCGUGGUUAUGGACCUGGGUCAGGCGGUGGAGACGGAGUCCAACCUGGCGCGCAUGGUGCACUUGUACCAAUUGCGGCAGCGGCAGACAAAGCGGAAAAAGAAAGAGUUGGAACAGAAGCUAAAAAUGGCUGCGGCUGGAUUUGCCGACGAGGAGGGCAGUGAGUCGAGUACGGAGGUUGAGGCACAGGGAAGGGCCGAGGGGGGCGAAGAAUCAAGCGCGGAGGCGAGCCCGUUGGCGGAGGAGAUCCUCAUGCAGUUGGAGGAACUGGCGGCAGAAGGCACAUCGAAGGACAAGCAGAGACGGAGGGAGGCGCGGGCAGGCGUGGAGGCUGUCAUGCGGGUCUACUUUCCGGAUCAGUUUACUCUGGAGGCGACGAAGCAAGGGUAUCGCAUGUUGCCUAUGAAGGAACUCAUGCAACCGGGGUCGAAGCACAGGAUUAACUAUCACGCAAGGCAAGCGAUCGAGAGCAACACGGACUGGGGCGCCGACGUGCAUGCGAAAGUGGGGGCGGCGCUCCUUCAAAUCUUUCUGCAGGCGACAGAAGUGGCGCCGUCCGUCUUCGAGCCUAGGAAUCCGCCCAACGCCAAGCUCCUGAACGCGAUCGAGAAGGGCGAGGUCGAUGGCGUCUCUCCCAAAGACACGCCCCUCCUCUACGAGAACGCCCGCACAUUUGAUCAGGACUUCCAAUGGAACGAAGCUAUAGACAAGUCAAAAUUGCUUACCGAGACUGCGCCCCGGCUAGACGAUACCGCGAGCGCCUUGCCGGAUCCGGCGCAGACAAUCGCGGCUGCGCCUUCGGAAGAUGUCGCGGAAAGUGCAACGGUUCUUGACUCGACGGAAACGGCAAUCCAGGAAACAAUGCGUGAGAUGGAAGAGCGGUCGGAACAGGAUAAGGAGCGACGGAGGCUGUCUGCGGAAGCGGAGACGUCGCAAGGGGGCGCGACGAAGGCGAAGAAGAAGAGGCGGGGGCGGAGCGGGCAGAGGGCAGCGGAGCUUGCGGCGAGCGGUGACGCGGCGGCGGAGGUUUCCGGAACGGAAAAGGCGCAGGGAAAGGCGAAGCCCGGGAGUUCGCUCGCGAGCUUGGUGCGGAUGAGCGCGAGCAACGCCAUUGGAGAUGCGGUCUUGGCUCCGAUCGUGGCCGCGGUUAACAGUAACCUCAUCCAGACCCUCGACGCGCACGUGAGGAGCGCGCCGGCGAGUGCGGAGCCCGUCCCGAUUGGCGCGGAAGCUGCGGAACUGCCGGUCGAAGAGGAGACGCGUGCGGCGAUGCUCGAGGCGGCGAUCCGGAAGUUUGGGCCCGAGUGGGGGCAUUUGAGCGUGCCGAAGAAGGGGAAGCAGCAGUUCCGGAUCCCGGCGUUCCGGCACACGCUGCGGAUGCUGAAAGGCAGCCGGGGGGGGCCGGUGCAUAAGUGCGGGGUGCUGGAAGUUCAUCCGGCGAUCCUCGAGAAGCUGAGCCAGGAGACCGCGGCGCUUGCGGACCGGUUCCCGAGACACAUGCCGAUGCUCGUGCCGCCCAAGCCGUGGACCAGUCACAAUCGGGGGGGCCAGCUUCUCCUUCGGAACCUGGUCAUGCGCACCCGGGGUUCGCGCAUGCAGCUCGAGGCGCUGCGCAAAGCCCAAAGGCUCUCCCCCGAAAGGAUCCCCCGCAUGCAACCUGUCUUCGAUGCUCUCAACGCGCUGGGCAUCGUUCCCUGGAAAAUCAACGCCCCCGUAUCGCGAGUGGUUGAACAAGUCUGGGAGUUGUGUGAGCACGAGGGGGCAACGGCGGGCCUGCCUCGACGAGUGCUGGACCCCCUGCCGAAGAAACCGGAGGGGGAGGAUGCGACGGAUAAGACGAUCUGGCGGGAAUACAAGCGGGCGCUGGCAAAGGUGAAGCAGGCCAACAGCGAGACGGUGUCGCAGCGCGGGGACAUGAUUCUGAAGCUGAGCACGAUGCGGCAGCUGCGCGACGAGGAGCGCUUCUUCUUCCCGCACACGCUCGACUUCCGGGGGCGCGCCUACCCCAUUCACCCUUACCUCAACCACCUCGGAGCAGACGUCUGCCGGGGCAUGCUCAUGUUUGCGGACGGCCGCCCUCUUGGGGAGCGCGGCCUGCGGUGGCUCAAGAUCCACCUCGCGAACCUGGUGGGCAACAGCGUCGACAAGCUGUCCUUCGACGAGCGGGAAAAGUACUGCGACGAACACAUGGCCGAGAUCAUGGACUCCGCAGACCGGCCCAUGGCGGGCAACCGGUGGUGGAUGAAAGCAGAGGACCCCUUCCAAGCCCUUGCCACGUGCAUGGAGAUCACGAAAGCCGUCCGAAGCGGCGAUCCCCCGUCAUAUGUCUGCGCGCUCGCAGUGCAUCAGGACGGCUCCUGCAACGGUUUGCAGCACUAUGCGGCGCUCGGCAAAGACAUCCGGGGGGCGGAGCACGUCAACAUGCUGGCGAUGGAUAAGCCGGCGGACGUGUACACCGGGAUUGCAGAUACCGUCCGGGAGAAGGUUGAAGCGGACGCAGCGAAGGGCCGCCACGUGGCGCUGGCUCUGCGUGACCACGUGGACCGCAAGUUGGUGAAGCAGACGGUGAUGACGUCAGUUUACGGCGUGACAUUCAUUGGGGCGCGGCAGCAGAUCCGGAACCGGCUCAAGGAGAAAGGGGUCACGGAAGACGAUCAACUGCUGUUCCAGCUAACCAUGUAUGCGACCAAAGUCACGCUGGCGUCGCUAGGGGAGAUCUUCAAUUCAGCUAGGGCCAUCAUGUCGUGGCUGGGCCACUGCGCCGUCAUCAUCUCGGGCAGGCUGCCCGAGGGCUGUGACGACGCCGUCAUGUGGACCACGCCGCUGGGGCUGCCCGUCGUGCAGCCGUACAAGAAGCGGUCCAAGAAGAUUGUACAGACCGUCUUGCAGAGCGUUUUUCUAGAAGACGAGCAGGAGGCAGACAAGGUGCACCCGCUCAAGCAGAGGACCGCGUUCGCGCCCAACUACGUGCACUCCCUGGACGCGACCCACAUGAUGAUGACUGCAAUUGCGUGCCGCAAGGCGGGGCUGUGCUUCGCGGGCGUGCACGACUCUUACUGGACGCAUGCGGGCGACGUCGAGCGGAUGAACGAGAUCCUGCGGGAGAAGUUCAUCGAGUUGCACAGCCAGCCGCUGCUAGAGAACCUGCUGGCGGAGUUUCGGGAGAUGUACCCGGAGACGGACUUCCCGCCGGUGCCGAUCCGGGGGGAGUUUGAUGUGCGGAGCGUGCGGGAUGCGCCGUACUUUUUUGACUAGACGCGGAAGAACGAGGGGGAGCCCUUUAGGACGUACAGAAUCAAGAAAAGUCAAAAGUUGAGGUAGAGUGUACAUACUGAGGCGGUUAUUUGUCGGCGGGCCAAUUUAUCUAUGUUAAGCUAGGGUCGGUCCUUCUGAUAGCAAGUGGC